CUCUCGUGAGCUCCUCCUCCGUGAGCGCGAGGAAGAGACUCCAGCCACUCUCUCUCUCUCUCUCGAGCUCUCCAGUGACUGCAACACGCCGUGCAAGUCUCUCCGACUCCGCUCAGCUCCUGUCCAGACCGGCGCGUUUUGAUAUUCUUGAACGUGACGGGCAGCUGUCAGGUUUGAGGAUGGAUGAGUUACAGGAUGUGCAGUUGACUGAGAUCAAACCUCUCUUGACAGACAAGAAUGGACAGAACUUCCAGGACUUUGAUUGUCAGGAGCAUGACAUCGAGACUCCCCAUGGUGUCCUCCAUGUGACUUUGAGAGGAACUCCUAAAGGCAACAGACCGGUCAUUCUCACCUAUCAUGACAUUGGACUCAAUCAUAAGUCAUGUUUCAACACACUGUUUAACUUCGAGGACAUGCAGGAGAUCACCCAGCACUUUGCUGUGGUCCAUGUUGACGCUCCAGGCCAGCAAGAAUCUGCCCCUCCUUUCCCCACCGGGUACCAGUACCCAACCAUGGAUGAGCUUGCUGAGAUGCUGCCCUCAGUUAUGACCCAGCUAAAGAUCAACAGUGUUAUUGGUAUCGGUGUGGGUGCAGGAGCUUAUAUCCUUACUAGACUGGCUCUGAAUGAGCCAGCUUUGGUGGAGGGGUUGGUUCUCAUCAAUGUGGACCCCUGUGCUAAGGGCUGGAUUGACUGGGCUGCCUCUAAGUUAUCUGGAUGGACCAGCAAUCUAAUAGACAUUGUGAUGGCACACCAUUUCAGCACGGACGAGCUGACGGAGAACCAGGAGAUCAUUCAAACGUAUCGUCUGCACAUCGCUCAGGACAUCAAUCAGGACAACCUGGCUCUCUUCUGCCAGUCCUACAACAGUCGGCGAGAUCUGGAGAUUGAGAGGCCUGUCUUGGGACUUAAUGAAAAUACGGUCAAAACGCUUAAGUGUCCUGCCUUGCUAAUUGUUGGUGACACAUCACCAGCGGUAGAGGCUGUGGUUGAAUGCAACUCAAGGCUAAAUCCAACCAAGACUACUUUACUCAAGAUGGCAGAUUGUGGUGGACUUCCCCAGGUUGUCCAGCCGGGUAAACUCGCUGAGGCUUUCAAGUACUUUGUCCAGGGAAUGGGCUACAUCCCUCAUGUGCUACUCAGCCACCUGAACAGCGAAUCAGUGCCCACUGCCAGUAUGACCCGAUUGGCUCGAUCUCGCACUCACUCUGCCUCCAGCAUGGGCUCAGCGGAUGGCUCUCGCAGCCGAGCUCAUACCAGUUCACAGAUGGAGGGCGCCACCGCCGGCCCUGUCCACGACAACCAGAACAGACCGCAAACCAUGGAGGUGUCCUGCUAAAACACCACUUGACCUGGGAUCAUCCGCUUGUUGAACCUCUGCACCUCAGGCGGCUCUCUGUCCACUUUGGGGUUUUGUUUCCACUCCGUCUUUGUCUUUCGUUCUGUUUGUUCUCUUGUGGCCAGGGAGCGCUGGUCUAA